AUGGCGGGCGCACUCUCAGGCUCGUGGAACGCGUUCCAGUGCGCCAACCUCGGGUACGGCCAGAUCCUGCGCCCGCUUCAGCGCGAGGUCCCCGGCUCGGUCCUCGUCCUCGACGGUCUUGCUGCUCUCGGCAUCGCCAGCAAGCUCAUCGAGCGCCACCGCACCCAGGAGGAGAAGGACCGCCACAUCUACCUGCUGAGCAUCUCGAAGGAGCUCGAGUUCCUCCAGGUUCCGACGAAGCUCUUUCCGAUCGUCAUCCACAUGCCGUCGAGCAUGUCGCGUACCGAGGCACUUGACGAGCAGAGGCAGUUCAAGGACUCUGUCGACGGCGAGUGCACGAGCGCCCUGCAGCAGCCGUUCAAGCGUCUUUCGCUUAAGCACGGAGCGCUCCCUCAUCUCAACGUCGGACCGACUCUCGACGUCGCCUGCCACCUGCGCUACGUCCAGAACCCGUUCCACUCGAGCCUCGUCGCUUCGUACACGGACCCGACGGGCUCGGCGUUCCUCUACGCGACCUGGCCGCUCGUCGCCGUCCAGGCGCUCAUCCUCGGCGCCGACACGGACAACGCCAAGGGCAUCUGCGCCGCCCUGACGCUUGUCCGGUGGGCCGUCUCGCUCGGCCGCGACGAGAUCGACAGCGCGCGCGUCUUUGCCGCCGCCGGGCGCCCGCACGCUCGCCCGGCCUUCUCGAGCGUGACCGAGGCGCUGCGGCAAGCCGUCUACGGCACGCUCCUGUCCGAGGAGGGUGACGCGGCGAUGGACGUCUGGCUCGCGAGGUUUGAGAACAACGUCGCCGUGGAGGCCGCCAUGUUCGAGUGGGACGCCAACGGGCAGGCGCGGGCGCACUUCCGCCAGGAGGCGCUCCUCCACGCGCAGUACACGCAGCUGUGCGGCGCCCUCAAAGACCUCCUCACUGGCGCCCACGACCACUACGCCCACAUGCCUCGCCACCACCACUCGCUCGCGAAGCGCGAGUUCGAGCCGGCGGCGCGCCGAGCGUUCGGGAGGAGGAACGUCUUUGUCUAG